CGGCUAGACCUGGGGGGGUGGAAUGGUUUCUGUAUCUCGCUGAGGGUUCCCAUUUGGCCUUCAGGAAGGGUCAAGACUCAGGGACUUGUACCAAAGGGGAGCAAAACCGGGCUCUGCCUGAGGCCCCUAGGACCUCCGUCCCCCAAUGUCGAAGCCCUCACAGAGCAGAAGAACCCUGUAAGUGCCAUGGCUGCUAAGAUGUUGCCUGAUCCGACUUCCCUGCUGCUGCGGCUUGUGAUGCUGCUGUUACUGCUGCGGUCCCAGGCAGAAGCUCGCUCCUUCGUAGUGGAUCGGCAACAUGACAGGUUCCUCCUGAACGGCGUCCCGUUCCGCUAUGUUUCUGGCAGUCUGCACUACUUUCGCGUACCGCGGGUACUUUGGGCCGACCGGCUUCUCAAGAUGCACUUGAGCGGCCUCAACGCUGUACAGUUUUACGUGCCCUGGAACUACCAUGAGCCAGAGCCUGGGAUCUAUAACUUUGACGGCAGCCGGGACCUCAUUGCCUUUUUGAAUGAGGCAGCUAGAGCGAACCUGCUGGUCAUACUGAGACCCGGACCUUACAUCUGUGCCGAGUGGGAAAUGGGAGGUCUCCCGUCUUGGUUGCUUCGGAAACCUAAUAUUCACCUGAGAAGCUCAGAUCCAGACUUCCUUGCUGCUGUGGACUCCUGGUUCAAGGUCUUGCUGCCCAAGAUAUAUCCAUAUCUCUACCACAAUGGGGGCAACAUCAUUAGCAUUCAGGUGGAGAAUGAGUAUGGUAGCUACAGGGCCUGUGACUUCGAGUACAUGAGACACUUGGCUGGCCUCUUCCGCGCAUUGCUAGGAGACAAGAUCUUGCUCUUCACCACAGAUGGGCCUCAGGGACUCAAAUGUGGUUCCCUCCAGGGACUCUAUACCACUAUAGAUUUUGGCCCAGCUGACAACGUGACCAGAAUCUUCUCCCUGCUUCGGAGUUAUGAACCCCAUGGGCCACUGGUGAACUCUGAGUACUAUACAGGCUGGCUGGACUACUGGGGUCAGAAUCACUCCACGAGGUCCAGUUCAGCAGUAGCCGAAGGACUAGAAAAAAUGCUCACGCUGGGAGCCAGUGUGAACAUGUAUAUGUUCCAUGGAGGUACUAACUUUGGAUACUGGAAUGGUGCUGACGAGAAGGGACGCUUCCUUCCAAUUACUACCAGCUAUGACUAUGAUGCACCCAUAUCUGAAGCAGGGGAUCCCACACCUAAGCUUUUUGCACUUCGAAGUGUCAUCAGCAAGUUCCAGGAAAUUCCCUUGGGACCUUUACCUCCCCCCAGCCCCAAGAUGAAGCUUGGACCUCUGGCUGUGAACCUGGAUGGGAAUUUGCUGUCUUUCCUAGACUUUCUCUGCCCCCAUGGCCCCAUCCGUUCAGUUUUGCCUUUGACCUUUGAGGCUGUCAAGCAGGACCAUGGCUUUAUGCUGUACCGGACAUACCUGACUUACACUAUUGUAGAACCAACACCAUUCUGGGUGCCAAAUAAUGGAGUUCAUGACCGUGCCUAUGUGAUGGUGGAUGGGAUAUUCAAGGGUGUUCUGGAGCGGAAUAUGAAACACGAACUAUAUUUGACAGGGAAAAUAGGGGCCAAGCUGGAUAUAUUGCUAGAGAAUAUGGGAAGGCUCAGUUUCGGGUCUAACCACAGUGACUUCAAGGGCCUGUUACAACCACCACUUCUGGGGCAGACAAUCCUCACCGAGUGGCUGAUGUUCCCUCUCAAAGUUGAUAAGCUUGUGAGGUGGUGGUUCCCCCUGCAGCUGAUGAAAAGAGCACAGCCUCAAGUUUCCUCUGGCCCCGCCUUCUAUUCCACAACAUUUCAAGUGUUAGGCAAGCUUGGGGACACAUUUCUGUAUCUACCCGGAUGGACCAAGGGCCAAGUAUGGAUCAAUGGGUUUAACUUGGGCCGAUACUGGACAAAGAGGGGUCCACAACAGACCCUAUACGUGCCAAGACUUCUGCUGUUUGGUAGAUCGAUCAACAAAAUCACAUUGUUGGAGCUAGAAAGCGUGCCUCAUGAGCCCAAAAUCCAAUUUUUGGAUAAGCCUAUCCUCAAUAGCACUUUGCAUUGGGGAUAUACCUAUUUUCUCUCAGAAACACAAAAUUCAUAUGAACCAAUGGAGUUAAGCGGGCACUGAAAGAAAGAUAACCCUUGAAUCUGGGACCAGGGCAGGAUCCUUUGGUGCUGGCCACAGUAACCAUAAAUAAUCAAAGGCUACGAUCCCUCUGAAUGUAAGUACAGAUACAGUUUUCUUGCCAAACUUUAUUGUGAUUAAAAUUCCAAAGACAGCACUGGCUCCACACACCUCUGUGGCCGACUUUGCCCUUGUUCCCGAGUGUCCUUCACCCCCAUCUUCCACAUAAUCUCAAGCUCCAUGAGGAGGAAGAAAAACUCUAGGUCUGAAUGUAUCCUCUCGGGGCCCAGAGAAAUCAGGAAGAAGGCCUCCCCGCCUGACUGCGAUGGUCUCGGAGGCAAUGAGUGGAGCAGAAAGAGAAGUCGAGGUAGUGAAAGGGAACAAGGCCUUGGAGGGACACUCCACAGCUCCAACAGCGCCUGAGCAAAGGGAAGAACAGUGACUGGACACACCUCACACACUUUCCCAUCUAAGCCUUGCCCAGCCUUAAAGGUCCCAGGGACUCUCGAAUCCCCUCCGCAACCCUCCUGACCACGAAGGCAUCAUUCCCUGUACCCCAAGUGACUCCUAUGACACAGAAGCCCACCCCUUCACUCAUCCCCUGAUCUCCCAUACCCAGCACCGACAACUGCAGCGUCAGGAACUGGAGGCCUAGGGGCUCCCAACUGGGCAGCGAGUCGGCGCUCUGCAGCCAGAGCUCUCUGAAAAACAGAAUAGAUGUUAAAAAAAAAAAGGGGUUCACAGAGGUGAACAGCAUAUCCAGGAAAUGACUGCUCAAUCCGGAAAGGAAGGCAGGCUCCUAUGGAAGCCCUGCAGUACAAGAACCUAUGGCCUCACCUUCUCUCGGUCACUGAGGGCAGCAAAUCGCCGUUGUUCUUCUCGCUCCUGCUCCUCCUGCUCCUUCUGCUUCUGCUGCUGCUGUCCCCGUUGUCGUCGGGCUGCCUUCUGCUCCUUCUUCCUCAUAGCCUGCCGGGCUUCCAUUUCUUGAGUCAGUGGCGCUGGCACCUGGAGGAUUUCCCAAAGAUAUUGUAAAACUACAAGAAAGUAGGAAGGACCUAGUGAGGAUCUCUGAUGCCCUCCCACUCUGUAGCUCCUUUUCCAGCUCACCCGAGCCUUGUUGUAAUCAUAGGCAUCAAGAUUCUUCUCCAUGAACCUUCGGAAUUCGUUUCGUGUUGAUCUGUCAGCUGCUACAGUAUAAGGUGGCCGAGCUCUAGAGUCCCUAAGGACAAAAACCCCAAACCAAGUUAACUUGCCUCCUGCUUUUCAAGUGCCAACAGGAACCGGAGCUACCUCCUUAUGCUCUCUAAACUGGUUCAGGAUGGAGAUACUUACUGCACAGUGGGGUCAGCGCCUGCCUCCAACAGCAGACGAACUACUAAGCCUCUUCCAGCUGCGGCUGCUGCAUGCAGGAGAGUAAAACCACCAGAGCCCAAGGGGGCAUUGAGUAGGGACAUAACGCCAGGGUCUACAGGCCCACUAGCUAGCUGGAGCUUUAGCACCUCAACAUCCCCAGCACGGCAAGCAGAUAGAAGCAUAUCCCAGAGCUCUGGCUGACCAGGGGCUUUGGCCUCAUCAACCAAACUGUCCAAUGGGGUUGUAACCACUUGGUCUGGCUGUGAGAAUGUCUCAUCUUCUUGAGACUGCUGAAGAAGUGUCACAUGUGUCCCACACUGCUGAUCUUGACUUCUCUCCUUCUUCUUUUUCCUCCUCCUCCGCUUGGGCAAGACCUCAAAUUCACGAAGAUCCAGGGUCCCCAGUGUCAAUUCUACUAGUUCCAACUCUACUUGGGAGCCAUCUUCUUCCUGAGACUCUGAACCUAGAAAAAAUAUGAUGUUAGCUCCAUCUAAGGAAUAGGGAGAGGGUGGAAGGAUGUAGGUAUCCUCAGAUGGGUUUACAUUUAUAAAAAGAUACUCAGAUCA